AUCUCAUCGCCAUUCGGCACUGACCAUCAAUUUACCUCCCUCCAGAAGCAUCGUCGUUUUAUUUUACCUGCACAUAUUCAUCACAAACCGUUUAAAACCCCCAACAUAAGGCCAAAAAAAGCUAUCAAAUCACAAUUCUUGAAUCCUCAUCGUUUCUGUCGUCUCCCAAUUGGAAAUUCCACUCCUCAAUGGCUCUUUGGCUGUUGAAUUUUGCAGGUUAUGUCUGUUUUUUAGCCCUAAUAGUUCAAUUUCGGGGUUCAGAGGCUUUGAUCUCGGCGCCUGACAUCAAUCAACAACAUCCUAAAGCCAUAGCGGAUUUGAAGGAAGCUAUUGUCAAAGGAUUAGGGCUUCAAUCGGAUGAUUUUAAGAUAUCUGGCUUUGAUGCACGAGACGCCUUAGUCGGCCGAUCCUUAGCUUAUGAGUUUGAUAUCGAAAUCGAUGAUAAGAUUCUUCCAUUUAAACUUAUGGAGGAUGUCAAUAGAUGGGAAUACGUGGAUUUACCUAUUUUCCAAAUGCAAGAUCAGAUCAUAAACGCCGGUGAUGAGAAUGGUCUGGUCGAGAAGAAAGUCCUCGGAGAAAGGCUACCUGUUUUGGCUCCAUUUCAGCUCGCAGGCCCAAUGGAGCUCUGGAUCCAAGACGCCAAGGACAUGAGGCUUUCCUUGCCUCAUGACGUUGACGCUGGUGAACUAAGGAAAAUAAUCUUAGCAGAUGGUGCGGUUGUAACAGUGAAGGGUGCCCGAUCGGUCAGCCUACGCCACCCAAUCGAGCUUCCACUUCCAUUAAACACCACCCAAAACGGCUUCGCUUCAGGUCUCCUAACCUUAGCAGAACGCCUCCGACACGCUUCCCAAACACAAACUCAACUUCUCUCUCUUCGAAUCGUGGGCCCCACAUCUCUCACAUCACCAACUCCAUCCUCACCAUCUUCAAAGCUCAAACUCAAGCUCAAGCGCCUCGCACCUGGUUUAGUCGAACUCUCUUCGGUUUCAAAAACCGCAAUCUCAACUGUUGAUCAUCUUCAAGAAGACGCCCCAACCCUCCUGACACCGGACCAUUUCACCACAUUAUGGCCGGUGACAUCCAUCAACGGCUCACACUCGAACCUAGUUGGGUUAGAAAGACUGCUGACGUCGGUUUUGGGUUCGAAAGCCAGUAAAGAGGGUUCGUUUAAGCUUUUGAAAGCAGAUGUAUCUGCUCGUACUUUUGUGAAGAUAGGGUUCAGAGUGGAGAAGAAGCUGAGCGGAAACCUCUCAGAAUGGGAGAGUCAGCGUGUAGGUCAGCUGCCUGAAUGGAGGACGAAGCCGGAAACAAUGAAGAUGCAUUUUGAGGUGGUGGCGAAGGUUGAUGGAGGUAAGUUUGUGCCGGAGAGAGUUGUGCAGAUUCAGCCUGUUGCUGUGCAGCAUACUGUAGCACGAAGUGUAUUUGUUGGGAACACAUCUAUGUCUAAGCAGCCUGUUGUUUAUACUCCUUUUAGUCCAUUUGCGUUAUAAACGUCACAAAAGUUUCUAUAUGCGACUCAUAUUGAAAAUGAAUCCUUUUAUUUAUCAUUUUCAGAGUAUAUGCAAAGAUCAUAUGUUUUAUGGAGUUGUGAUCCAAUCUUUAGAAAUUUUCAACUUAAUAAGAAAACAUGUUGGUGAUUUAUUUGAAUUAAAACUAGUGUGUCGUCUAUUUUUAUGUAACCCAAGUUGAUUCCGAACAAUAAAACAAACGUGGGGUCAGGGGGCCAUGCUUGUUGUGGGGUCAAACGGUAGCAACGUGAGUUCUUUACAAAUCAUCUACAAAAUAUCAAGUACUAACUGCAGUUGGAAACCUUGAUCGGAGUGCAAGAAUAACAGAUAAGCAAGUUUUGCGUAUGGAGAGAGGAAGUUUCCAUGCUGCCUAACAACUCCAUGAUAUGUUCUUAUUGACAACAAGUGAUGCGUGAUGAUGAUGAUAGUUCAAGAAACAUACUUUAAUUGUAAAAAACAUAUCCUAUUUUGGGAUGUAUGAGACACAACUUUUGACACUCUUUUAAGAUCUUGGAUAUUCCAUUUACUCUCCAACAACAUGAAUUUCUGUUUUGUGCCUAAAAUGAAACUGUCAUGGAGGAUUAUUGCAUAUUGAUUUUGUAAACCUAGACAUAUGGAAAGUGAACUUACACAUCAUCAUUGUAUCCAAUCAUUAAUAGAUU